AUGAAAUUCAAGUCUGUUUCAAAAUCUUGGCUUUUUUUAAUCUCUAGUGCUGAAUUUAUCAACACCCAUCUCAGUUUAUCUGUUAAUAACAAGGAUUUCAAACGUCAUAAGCUUAUAUUGAGGUUUGAUCCACCUUACUGUAGUCUUCAAGACUGUUCUUUUAGUUCUUUAUUUAGUUGUUCUGUUACUGAAGCAUUUGAUUUGGAUUAUCCUGUGAAAAACUGCAAUAAGUUUCUUUCGAUUGUGGGUUCGGUUAAUGGAUUGAUUUGUGUUGCUAUUGAAGAGAAAUAUUUGUUUAUAUGGAAUCCGUCGAUUAGGAAGUGUAACAAAUUGCCUGAUUCUAGAGCUAGUAUGAAUGGGAAUUCAUGUUACAUGUAUGGUUUUGGAUAUGAUGAGAUUCAUGAUGAUUAUAGGGUAGUGGCAGGUUUUCGAAGUUGGAAUUCUUGUAAGGUUGAUAUAUAUAGUGUGAAUAAGGAUUCUUGGAGAAGUAUUGAUGAUUUUCCGAGUGGGGUGUUGUUUAUGAAGUCGGGUGUUUUUGUGAAUGGGAAACUUCAUUGGGCUUAUAGUGCUGUUCAGAGUGUUAUUUCUUAUGAUGCUUGGAGCAUCAUUUCUAUUAAUUUGCCUGAUGGGAAAUGGGGAAAGGUGGAGCAACCUUGUUAUGGAGAAGGAGUUUUUGAUUUUACGAUGGGAGUUUUGGGAGGUGAUCUUUCUGUGUUCUGUAAUUAUGAGAGAAUUCGUGCGGAUGUGUGGGUUUUAAAGGAGUAUGGGGUUAAAGAGUCUUGGACUAAGAUGUUUACCAUCAAUCUUCCCUAUGAUCCCGUAGGUUAUCAAUGUUGUCCAUUGUUUUGCUUGUCAAAUAAAGGUGGAAUUUUGUUUCAGUUUGGAUCAACUUUCAUGAUUUACAAUCCCAAAGAUGACUCGAUAAGAUAUUCAGAGAUUACCUGCUAUAAUGCCUUUUAUGAGGCAUACAUCUUCAUUGAAAGCCUAGUUUGGCCCAUUUUGACGAAACCAAGGAUGCAACAACAACCAAGGCUAGAAAAACUUAGAUGAAGACAAUCGUGUCAUUAGUAAUUUAGAAGUAAAUGCUGAUGUUACAAACAACUAAAUUACCCCGUGCUGAGUGCCGAGUUCAUGGAUUGCAAUAAAGAAACAUGACUUUUUCCGAGUUUAGACUAUUCAUUGCGAUGUAGUAACGUUAUUUUUUGUGUGCAUAGAGCAAGACUUAAACCAUUCAAGGUGAGAAAAUAUACACCUGUAAAUUUCAAAGACUUCUGGCUUCUUGUUAAUGGAAAUUUCUAUAUCAUUUUCACCUA